ACUGUGCCCAAACCCCGCCUCCCGCCGCCGCACUUGCGCACUGAGCUGGCAGCUGGUCCGGCCCGGGUCAGGGCUCGGUAAGAUGGCGGUCCGGCGCUGGGUCGGGUACAGCGCUUGAGUGCUCUUUGGGCCGCAGUGACCGUCUUCUCCCGGCGGUAUGAAGACUUUCUGCGGAAGGGCGAACCCCACGACUGGCGCCAUCGAGUGGGAGGAGGAGGCCGAGGAUUAUGACUAUCACCAGGAGAUCGCGCGGUCAUCUUAUGCAGAUAUGUUGCAUGAUAAAGACAGGAAUGAAAAGUACGACAGUGGAAUCCGGGCAGCGGUCUGCAGGGUGAAACAGCGUGGCCAGAGGGCAGUUGUCCUGGACAUUGGAACUGGUACAGGCCUGUUGUCUAUGAUGGCAGUAAGAGCUGGUGCUGAUUAUUGUUAUGCAGUCGAGGUUUUUAAACCAAUGGCCGAUGUUGCACAGAAGAUCGUGGAUAAAAAUGGAUUCAGCAACAAAAUUAAAGUCAUCAAUAAACACUCAAACAGUGUGACAGUGGGACCAAGUAAACCUGUUUCCGCAGAAGUGUCGGAUACUACACCUCAGCAGCUACAGGAAAUGGUUGAGCUUGUGGGCCCACAGGCCAUCAAUUUGGUGAAGCAGGUAACUCUUGUUUUGUUACAGUGCAUUUUUCUUUGCAUCACUGAUUCAUUUUGGUUGUUCCUGUUUUUGCAGGUGUCACUAUUGAUUGGAGAGCCAUUCUUCACCACCAGCCUCCUUCCCUGGCACAAUCUUUAUUUCUGGUAUGCGAGGACAUACCUGACCAAGGUCCUGAGAAGCGAGUUGACUGUGUUGCCGCAGUCUGCCGUACUCUUAGCGAUGGCUGUGGAGUUUGAGAACCUCUGGCGUAUUCGUGCUCCCUGUGGGGUAUGUGAAGGCUUUAACGUCAGCCUUAUGGAUGAGAUGAUCCAGAAUUCAUUGAAUUUCCGUGAAUGUCAGGAGGCUGAACCCCACCCGCUUUGGGAGUACCCCUGUCGGGGACUCAGUGAUCCUUGCCAGGUCCUCAGCUUUGAUUUUCGCCAGGAAGUACCAGAGCAGCCAAUUUACUCCACAGGAUCAAUGAAGCUAUUGAGAUCAGGCACUUGCCAUGGAGUGGUGCUUUGGAUGGACUAUUCCUUAACCGAUGACAUCAGCAUCAGCACUGGGUUAACCAGACCCUGCUCUCACACGGGUGACUGCAACUGGAACCCACACUGCAAGCAAGGUGUCUACUUCCUUAGUUCAGUGACUAAUCCCAAGCACUCAACAGAUGGGCUGAAUUCAGUAGUUUACGAUGUGACCUUUCACCCAGAGAGUGGUGAGGUGGCCAUGGAUUUCAAGUGGGCCCCGUGACCAGCCUCAGCCUGAUGAAGGAAGAGACGGUGCAUCUUUGUCUCUUUGGACGAUGUUAGUGACUGCUACAGGAAAACCAUACGCUUGAAACUAGACUGUAAUAUUACUCGUGGGAAUCCUUUGGAAACUCAGAAAACAUAAGAUUUGUUUUACCCUGUUUCUUCUGAAUUUGAAGGUGGUACAAGCAAAAUUGGUUAGUUUAAUCAUUGCAGCUCAGCAUCAAAGCUGUGCAGAAUUAGCAGUGAUAAGGAAAAGAGGCGAGGAUCUGACUGCUUGGUUCAGUCAGCAUUUUCAACUGAGUCAGGGGUUUAAGUUUCACUCCAGAACAAGAACACCACAAUCUGGGUUGGCAGAGCCAGUACUGUGGUGUGUAUUUACACAGAGCUAUAAACCAAUCUGGAAUGUUUUCUUAGUUCUGUGAUUUUAAGUAAUUUUCUUUUAUUACACAGGGACUACACUCCUUUUCAGGCCUGCUGUUAGCUCUGAAUCAAGAUAAUAAUUCAAGUACCUCUCCAGACCUUGCAGCAUAUCACGCAAGCUGACACUUUGCACUACUGAGAACAUCCUGCAUUGCUAGGUGUUUUGGUAAACUGAUACAUAAUAGACCACUAUGGUGAAAUCUUUGUGCACUUGGCUGCCAGGUUUAUCUUUGUGGCAACGGUGCUGUCAGGACAAAUAUCAGUAUAUGAAAUAUUUGUGGUACACGAGAACCAUUAUACAGCUAUUGUUUUUCGUCCCAUAUUGGAUGUUUAAGGAUGUUCAUCUCCCAUUAGAUGUGACUGAAGAUUGAAUUUCAGUUUACAAGAGUGAGGAUGAUUUCAUCAAUCACGAUGUUUUGUUGUGCUGUGUUGUUCAUUACCACGGUAGUCACCUGACCCUGGUUAGAGGAAAUAUGUAAGUUGUUUUUGUGUUGGCCCUCUUCUGUCCCUUAGCUUUACUUCGUGGCCCUGCUCCUCAUCAAAAACAAGCUGGUUUAUCACAAAGGGCACCACUAAUGCCUUGUGCUCCAUUGGUCAGUGUAAUCCUAGACUGUUCUAGUAACCAUGGUCAGCAUAAACCCAAUGAGUUAUGCUGGCUGUGUGUGAUUCAUGGUUUUAGUUCAGCCAGUCUUGCUGGAGUUUAUUUAAUAAAUAUCAGAAACUGUGGAAUGUAUUCUGUCCAAUUGUGUCUUGCUUAAGAUUAUGUGCAUGUGCCGUGGACUUACAUGAGCUAAGAUUUUGCUGUCCUAACAGUGUUUUGAGAAUGUUUUAAUCACAGACUCAGCUUUUGCUGUUUGUAGCUCACAUACUGAUUAAAUAAGUCACAGCACCAUUUUAAGACUGUUUCCAAAACAAGCAGGCUCCAUCUGGUGGCUGAUUUGUAUGACACCGUUUCAUUCUCCUGUACUAUUCGAUUAGAUAAUGGUCUGCUUCACACUCCAGAUGCAGUGAACUGUGCUGGGAUGUAUGUGUGCAGCUGUGUGGCAUGGGGAGUAUUAGUGUCUGUUGGGAUGCCCUGAAGGUUGAAGAAAGUCACUGCAGCCUCAGCUGACAUGCUUAGAGGGGUUACUACGCUUCAGGAGGAAGAGACAUAUAUAACCCUGGUCAGAUAGUUUGAUAAAUCACUGUCAGCAUCUCAGGAGUGAGUUUUAGCUCGAUUAUAUUCCAUAAACCUAGCCCACUGAUGGCAUGUACACCAUUGAUUUCACUGACUUCAGAUUACAAAUCCCAUAUCAAGACAGUAUUGCAGAGGGUGUUACUGUUUCUCACCACAGAAGUAUCUACCAAAGCAGAAAGCUGAACACUGCAGGCGCUAUGCUGUUAAAGAACUCAGUCUGCGUAGAGCAUGGACUAGAUUGCCACUGGAAAAUGGGGUUACUGAAGUUAUUUCUUCUUACAAAUGGAUUAUGCUUGUCUUCAUGCUUAUGUAUAUGUUCAUUAAAAUUGAAUUGGGUUAAAAAA